CCUCUCUCAGUCUUCUCUCUGAUAUAACCUUGUUUUGACAGCGAAAGAUUGUACUGAUUGAAAAUUGGAAUUUCUAUCAGAAACAAUGUCAAAGUUAAUAUUAAGAUCUCUUGUAUCAUUAAAUAGGAGUAAUGUUUCAACGAAGUUUAGGUAUAUAAAUACAUCAAAAACAUUGUAUGAAUCUACUCUACCAAAGGAACCUAAGAAAACAGCAAAAAAAUCACCAAUUACAUGGCAAAGUUUGACAAUUUCCAGUAUCAUUGGUGGUGCUCUUCUAUUAUAUGUGAAUCAUCUAAGAAUGGAAAAGGAAAAGAGUAUAGCACUGGAAAGAAGACGACAAUUAGGCAAAGCUAAAAUUGGUGGUAAAUUCGAAUUAAUAGAUACAGAAGGAAAAACAGUCAAGUCUGAUGAUUUCUUAGGAAAAUGGUUAAUGAUAUAUUUUGGAUUUACACACUGUCCUGAUGUUUGCCCUGAUGAAAUCGAAAAAAUGACAAAUGUAGUAAAUAAACUUGAAAAAGAGCACAAUAUCCAAAUGCAGCCUAUUUUUAUAUCAGUUGAUCCAGAUAGAGAUACUCCCACUGUUGUUGGCAAGUACCUCAAAGAAUUCUCUGAUAAAAUUAUUGGUCUUACUGGCAAUGUUGAACAAAUUGGAAAAGUAUGCAAAGCAUACAGAGUUUAUUAUAGUAAUGGCCCUAAAGAUCAAGAUGAGGACUAUAUUGUGGAUCAUACGAUUAUUAUAUACUUGGUGGAUCCAGAAGGCAUGUUUGUUGAUUAUUAUGGACAAACACAUGAUGUAGACAAAAUUAUAACUAGUAUUCUUAUCAACAAAUUAAAGUAUGAGCAAUUAAAAAAGGACUCUCCUUCUUGGUUGCCAUCAUUGCCAAUCAAGGGAGUGAUAUAAGAACUUUGCUGCAAAAACUAUAUAUAAGUAGUGGAUAAAAGAAGAUUAUACUAAUUUUUUUCUUUUUAUUUUAAUGUAUUAUAAUUUACAUUAAAUUGAUUUGUAUAAGUUUGCUGUCAAACGUGCAUAUAUCACC